AAAUCGGCUUUCGGUUCGGGCGGCGUAAAAAUUGAGUUUUAUCCUUGAAAGAGUAUUUAAAGUGUGCUUUAGUAGUGAAACUGUGUAAUAUAUACCUUUUUCCACAAUGGUCCACAAAAAUUUAAGGCAAUUGUGUGAAUUUGAAUAAACUAAGUGAGAUUACAUGAUUGGAACCACUUGUUGAAUCUUAUUUUUUCACUCAGCGCGUUGGUAUUGCUCUUGUUGCAGUAUUAGUGGCAUCUUGCUUAGAAGUAGUGGAAUCAUGCGCAACUGUUUGUAAACAAAUCGCACACACCAGUAAAGCGCUCAUGAGUUAGACCCGGUGAGAUCAGUGACAUAGCAAAUAAAGAUUAAUUCAUAUGUAGGAACAAUAAUUCUCUGAGCAUGACACAUAAAAGCGAUGUGUGGAAUCUCGAUCAAAACAUGAACAUGGAUCCAGUCUUUAUCGAUGAGAGGCAAGAUGUGCAGAAAAAAACGUUUACUAAGUGGAUUAAUGGUUAUCUAGCUAAAUCUAACGCACCUGCAAUUAACGAUUUAUUUGAAGAUUUGCGUGAUGGCCACGCACUGCUUUCUCUGUUGGAGGUUUUAACAAACCAAACAUAUAAACGCGAGAAAGGAUCAAUGCGAGUACAUCACAUCAACAAUUUAAACAAGGCACUUACGGUGCUCCAGGAAUAUGGAGUUAAACUUGUCAAUAUAUCAAGUGACGACAUAAAUUCAGGUAAUGCUAAGCUUACGCUCGGUCUUAUCUGGUUAAUAGCCUUGAGCUUCGAUGGUCAAAAGCUAGUAAACUCGCAAGCUAUCAGUGGCAUUGAAAAAUCGUUGCUCAAUUGGGUGCGACAAUUUGUGGAUAAGCAUGGUAUUAAGGUUAAUGACUUCUCGUCGAGUUGGUCAGAUGGAUCAGCUUUUCUAGCACUGCUAUCUGAGGCAAUCGACACCUUUGACUUAAAAACUGCCCUUAAAAAACAUCCUAUUGCUAGAUUGCGGAUAGCGUUUGAUUUAGCGUAUCGAAAUUUAGGCAUAGAACAGUUAUUAGAUCCAGAGGACGUGAAUACAAACAAACCUGAUAAAAAGUCGAUUCUCAUGUAUGUCAUGUGCUUGUAUAACGCUAUCGAUAGCAGAAAAUUGGAAAAAGGAAGCAUUCAGCAUUUGGCACAACACGUGGAAAGUAUGGAGGAGAUACAGCUGUUAAGCGAAAAAGAACUUGAAGCUGCAGAUGAUGAAACCAAAAGUAAUUUCAGUCAAUCCGAUUCAUAUUCUAAUACUGACAACAUUCCGAUGCAUGCUGGCAAUUUAACUCAUUUGGAAGAAAUUUCGCUGGCGCAAUCAAUUGAUGACCUGCGCAACUUUAAUCGGGCAAAUAAAGUAAAAAGAAUGUCACAAACUAAGCCUAUCGUUCAUAGGAUAGAGCAAACAGAAAUCGUCAGCUCGAAUUUUAAAUUGGUGGAUCCAGUCGUUUCACCCCAAGACAAAAUGGAUGCUUUCUAUUGGGAACCAAAAUCCUCGCGUCCCGUCUCAACCGCAACCAAUUUUUCAGUUGAAUUCAGUGGUUAUCAAACGGCCGUAGAAGAAGUCCUAACGAUGUUGCUGGAGGCAGAAGAAAUUUUCUCUAAAGAAACUGAAGAAGCGACUGAUUUGUCUGUGGCAAAGAAACAGUUUCACGAUCACGAGGAGUUUAUGGCUAAACUAUCUGAAUAUCAGGCUUUUGUGUGUAGUGCUCUUGACGAGGGAUCUCGCCUGAUUAACGAAUCACAGUCAAAUCCGGGAUCGCAAGGUUUGGAUAUAGAAGGACAACACGAAAUAAAACAGCAGCUAUUUCUUCUCAACGAACGGUGGGAAAUGUUACGAGUGAAUGCAUUAGAGCGACAAAAUACGAUACAUACGAAAUUAGCAGCAUUACAGAUGGAAAAAUUGGAAGAGUUGAAACAUUUUUUAACGACAAUUGAAGAUCGAAUAUCUCGAAUGCAUGAUGUUGGUCCAACUCCGUUGGAAUUGAAGGCACAGCUAGAAGAGCACAAACAAUUACAAAAUGACAUGGAAGCGCAGGAAAAAUUGGUUGACAGUCUUAGCAACUUGGUCAUUAUUAUAGAUUCAGAAAGUUUUAGCGAUUUUGAAGAUAAGUUGUCGGCCUUAGAAGAGCGGUGGUCUCAUUUGAUUAAAUGGAUAGCAAAUAGAUGGGAUAAGCUUCAAAACCUUAGUCAGCGAUGGACCAAAUUAUCGGAACAGUAUCGUAUUAUUUGCCGCUGGAUAGAGUGCCGUGAGCAAAAUCUUAAAAAAAUGGAAACAAAAGAGUCUGUUGAGAUGGGUGCAAUGAUGGAGCGAAUAAAAUGUUUGCAAUAUUGCAAGUACGAUAUAGACAUGCUUAUUAAUUGUUUACAAGAGCUUGAGAAUACAGCACAAUCGCUUUCGGAUGAGGGACUUUCAUCGUUGAACAUUCUUUCGAAAAUUGAGCAUUUAAGUGAUAUGUGUGAGGCGCUCGUCCAAAUCUUAAAAGUACAAGAAACACGAGUGGAACAGAUGGGUUUUCAAAUUCCGGAAACAUCCUCUGUUAAUGAAGGACUAAAACAUAAUCUGGUUAAGCCUGCGUCCUGGGAGGAUUUCCAAAUAAAAAUUUUGGAAGAAUCUGAUGUAAGCUUCAAAACAGAUGAAAUUUGUAUAGAUAAUAUUGAUUAUGCCCCACAGUCCGAGAAAAAGCGCAAGAUUGAACAACCUGAAAAGGUCAUUCAGUUAAACGAAUUGAUGUACGAAAUUAACAAUGCACUGAACGAGUGUGUUUCGAAGUUAGAUCAGUUCGACAAAGCUGACCUAAAGAAUAAAUUCUCGUUGUUAGAAGAAGCCGAAACCAUUUUAUGCAGAAGAAAAGAAGAUUACUCUAGCGCAAAAGAAAUUUUAUGUCAGUGUAAAAUGCUACCGUCUGUCAACAUCGAAAUUGAAGAUCGCCAGUUGACUGAAAUCGGCGAUUCGCUUAGUACACAGCAUGCCAGACUUUCACAUAUGAAAGCACAGCUAAAAAAAUAUGUAGAUAAGGAUAAAUUUAGUAAAAGUUUGACUGGACUUAAACUUAUAUUGGCAGACACACGCGAUUGGUAUCAACAAAAUACGAAUAUUUUAACCAUAGAGGAUCUUGAAAAUAGAUUGUCCAACAUGGGAUCAUUUAAUAAUGAUAUUGAACAAAAUAGACAGACUCUUUUUGCGAAUACUGGCGAAGAAUGGUCUGCUUGGAAGCAGGACUUCGAUCUUUUUACCGAAAGUUGGAACGAUAUGAAAAACGCUAUAUUCCGACUAGCUAUUGAAAAGAAAGGUUCCAAAGGAUGCUCUGAACCUAUACAGCAAAUGCAGUGCAUUGUAAAACAAGUAAACGAGUUACCAAUAAUGUAUUCGGAUUUAGAGAGCAUGCAGGGGAAUUUAGAAAAAAUUCAUGCUCUUAAAGUAAAACAUAACGAACUUGUUGAAAAAAAUUGUGGUGAUAUUUUGAGCACCAUGUCCAAUGACAGUAAAUUUACAGAUCUAAUAUCAUCGUGGUUUAACAUUCCUCAGCAGUUAAAUGAUAAUAUAAUAAAACAAAACAUUGCCAUAGAAAACUUGAAUCAUUUCAAUUCAGAAUACUGCUCUAUUAGCAAGGAACUCGAUAAUAUAGAAGAAAUACUAAAGAACGAAAUGUUUAUUUUGGGUGAAAUAAAAACCCUGCAAUUAAAAAAUACUGAGUAUGAACAGUAUGCCAAUCUAAUCAAAAAGUUAGAAAUUGAUAUUAUCAGCAUAAGAAAUUUUUCUGAUAUAAUAGCUAAAAAUUACGAAAACGAAUCAAAAGCUGCGUUGGAACUACAAGUUGAGAGUCUUUGUGAACGGCAUGCAGCUAUUUCAGAAAAUUACCAGCAAAACCUGUCAAAAUUAAAUCACAUCAAACAAAGCACUGAGGGAAUUUUGGCGCAAGUUCAUGAGACAGAAUUAUGGCUGAAUGAUUUAGAGAUGAAUACACCAAAAAAUCUUAAUUCAGAAAUUUCUAGUCUGAACGAGCUUUACCAAAUUAAAUCGAAAUUUCAAGCACUCAAAGACACUUGCGAACAGCAAACUCUCAAGUUCCGCGAAUUAAACGAAUCCGGUAAUGAAAUAUUACUACAAAUUGAUGAGUUGAUUCAAACAAAAUCGGAAAAUAAGGUUUCAUAUCUUGCAAAAAAAUUUACAAAGCUGAACGCUCGUUGGAGUGAAGUAACCUCCAAAGUUUACACUAGAACUGCAGUUUUAGAACAUGUGUCUAGUCAAAUGGGUGAGUUUAAAACACUGAUUGUUGGAGCUAAUGGAUAUUUGGACAAAUUGGAGAAACUUCUAAGGAAAAGUCCUGAAACGGCGGCCGACGCAGAAGAAAUAUCCGAGGAGCUUGAUGAUAUCGAAAAUUACAUAAGAAAUCAUCCUCAAGCCCGGUUUGAUAAGAUUAUAGCAAUUGGAAAGGAUUUAUGUAAUUUGGAAUUCAUGGUUUCAUCAAUAGAAGAAGACAUGCGAUCUCUCAGUGACCGUUGGGACAGCUUGCAGGCACAGGCGAAGCAACGAACAACGAAACUUGAACAAGCGGUUAAAGAAGCGCAGUCCUCUGAAAGUCAAGUGUCUUGCUUGCAACAGUGGAUAUUCCGUGUAGACGGCAUAUUGAGUGACUAUAUCGAGAACGAUACCACAGUGGAAGAUGUGCCAAAUGAUUUUCAAAAAUUACAGGAGGAAUUCGAACACCACGAUAAAGUAAUGCUCGAGAUGAUUAAAAAAGUUGAUCAAUACAAGAAACAAGGAAAGUUAGAAGCUGCUAAUCGCUACCAAGAUCAAAUCAAAUUACUGCAGGAUCAGUUCAAAUCAUGUCAGCUUAAACUCAAUCGCUUGACAUCUCCUCAGGCUACUUUUGAGACAAAACUAAAUCAUGCAUUAACCGAACUUCGUAAUGUUGAAAAAAAUGCAGUGAUACUAGACCCUUCCUCAGCUGGACCAGCUCAUUUACAAGAUCAAUUCCAACAUUGUCUUAAAUUGUAUAGAAUUUUAUCGGAAAUCAAGGGCGACAUAGAACAAGUCAUUCGAACUGGACGUAAGGUAUGUGAAGAUAAAACCACUCGGAACCCGAUUAAAUUGGGACAACGGAUAGACACACUCAAGCAUUUAUAUAAUUCACUUGGCGAAACCGUAACCCAGUCGAAAAUUGUGUUGGAAAAUUUACUCAAGAUAAUGCGCAACAUAGAUGAGAACUUAAACAUCGUUCAACAAUGGAUUAAUGACAGUAAUAAUUUACGAUCUACAGAAGAACAAGAGCGUAUUGCUAUUGACAAAUUGACCAUUUGUAAUGAGCUGUACGAAGAGUAUAAGGAAAUUUGCGAACCACUUUAUCUUGAAGAAUUGAGAACUCGCAUCGACGAAGUUGAAAAACAUGUGAAAAACAUACGCAAUUCAGAAGUGAAAAAGAAAUUACAUCAAAUGAAGAAUACCCUGCAAAAUGUUGAUUCUGUUAACAUAGAAGUUCUAAAAUCCAUGGAAGAAGACCUGAGUAAAGUUGAGUCGAAUAGUGAUGCAGAAGUGGAAGAUUUGCUUAAAAAAGUUUCGGAAAUAUUACAAGAGACACUGAAAGAUUCUCGUCGUGAUGUACUGGAUGAUUGCCACGGCGAGUUUGUAGUACUUAGCGAUACAGUUCGUCAACGUCGGGCAAAAACGUCUAGUUUAAUGCAAGAAGAACAAAUGAAAAACAAUGAACAGCUCUCAAAUACCCUGCCCGAUCUUUUGCCGACCACUUUUCGGCUUGCCGAGACCAGCUCUCUAUUUUCUUGCGUGUACAAUAGUCGAUCGACGUCAUCGCCAAGAUCUGAAAUAAUGAAUCAUCAUCUUAACGAGUGCUCUGUGGUUGAAAUCAGAGAAAAGAAUGUUAGUCCAAAAAUGUCCGUCCAAAAUGUAAAUGUACCAAAACAAGGUCAAGUGGUGGAUACAAUAAAUAUAUUAGAAACAUGUAAAUCCUUCGAACCGGAGUAUGUUGAAACUGUUCAUAUAAUUGAUGCUUCAUCGGAUACUGAUACCAGUUGUCCUUCACCUAUGCCGGAGAAAAGAAAAAUGCCGAGUGCCAAUGAAAUCGAAAAUAAUGUCAACAUAUUACAGUGUGUUGGUAAUCAUGCGGACAAUCGGCUAAAGUGCAACAGAUUGUUGAAAAAUAGUCGACAAAGGCUACAACUGUCACAACAAAUACCGGACACCUCUCUAAAUAAUUCCAAUAACAAACUAAAACAUAUGACAUGCAUUCAAGAUGCUCUGGAGAGAGAUAGUUUUUAUAACUCGGAUAAAGAAAAUUAUGAUGAGCCGCUGGUGUUUUCUGAGGAUGAAGACAUUCCACGAUAUUCAAUAGAAAUGGCUACGGAUUCUGAUAGCGAUACGAGUCGUAUUGAAACACCAAGUAAAUUGGCAGAAAAAAGUUUUAAGAUAAUACCUACUGAAGAACAAACACCGUUAAGUCCCAAUGUAUAUCGGUAUGAUUCCUAUAAAACCCUGACAUCGUUGGAACAACGUGUAAACGAAUUCGACAAAACUGCCAAAUACAUGAUUAAAAAAUUAGAACAAACACGCAGAAAAAUUGAUAGCUGCGAUGAUGGCCCUGGAGUGAUAGAAAAUCUUAAACUUACGAUAGCUCCAGAUGCAGCAACUCUUAUUUCACAGGGAGACACACUAAUAUUGGAGACGCAUGGCAAAUCAGAGGCACUUACAGAGCGCCUAAUGGAUACUCAAGCACAGUUACGGGAUAAAUUUAAGGAAGUUCAAAAAUCAAGAAAUUGUAAAACGGUUGAGGAAUCGCCACUUCACACGAAUGAAAGUAGCGAUAAUUAUAAUGAGCUGUUGCUUGUGAAGCCCAUCGACCUGGAUGAAAUUUCGUCCAAAGUACUCAAACGUAUUUGUGAUCUACUGGCAAAACCGUUCACUAAAAAUAAUGAAGUUGAACUAACGAAGCGCAUAUUAGACAUUAAAGAACGACAAGAAGAAGUCAAGUUGGCUAUAGGAGUUGCUUCUCAAGCAACGCCAUCGAGUAACGUGUCAAACACGAUGACUAAUCUGGAAAAGGGCAUGCGAGAUUUGACGAUUCACUUCGACGAAACAAUUGCUGCUUUAGUUUCAUUAAAUAACAGUGGCAGUAGUGAGGCUACCAAUUUGUUGACCGAGCACGAAUCAGCAAAAAAAUUUGCCUCGAUGAAAUACGUAUCCCAUCCCAACUUUUUCAAGCUUGACGCAUAUGGAGUUGGUUAUUUAACAAACAUAAGGCCAGAAACCCAACAAAACAUUGAGGAAUUUAUGUCUAAGCCACUGCUUGAACGUACUGAGGAGGAAUUAAUCAAAAGGCUGCUAGAUAUUAAGGCCAAACAAGAGGAAUUUGGGUUGAUAAUCGACUCUGCAAAUCGAAACAAAUCUAAGGAUAAAAAGUUAGAGAUAAUGAAUGUUUUGGAAAAGGUUACUGAAGAGCUAUCGGCUCAUUGCGAUGAAGUUGUGAAUGCAUUAGCUGCAUUAAAUCACUCACGAACCAACAACCUGGAAUCAACACCAAAGCAAUCGCGAAAUCAAGAGCCUGAAGCCUACAUACCAGGAUCAUUUACAGCAAAAUCUCGUGCAAAAGCUGUCGCUGCUGCAUUGACUAAUAAUUUUGAUCGAUCCGUAACUCAAAUUAUGAGUUGGUUAGAAAUAGAAUGUGAAAUGUUGAAAAAACGUUGUGUCGUUGUUGGUGAUAGCGAUAUGAUUCUAGGAGCAAUAGAUAAACUAAAGAACAUGUCAGGUGAACUGGAUGAAAAAAAACCGCAUAUUGAUGAGCUAGUGAAUACAGCUGAAACCCUGAGAACGGACCUCAAUAAACAGUAUUUACACAGCAAAGUAUCGAGAAUGCGGGAGCAGUGGGAUGAAACUUCACAAACAGUCCUUCAACGAAAGUCCCAGUUGACUGCAAUGCUGGGUGAUUCUCAAAGGUACGACGCGAAACGUAUUGAAAUUGAAAAUUGGUUAACUCGAAUGGAAUCGCGUUCAGAAAGGAUGGGUGUUGUGGCAACCACAGCAGAUGUUUUAGAAAUUCAGCAAAAAGAACAGAAAUCUUUCCAUGCUGAACUUCAUCAAUAUAAACAUCAUAUAGACCUUUUCAAUCAAUUAACACAAAAGUUAAUUGCAGUAUAUCCCUCUGACGAUACGUCUAGAAUCAAGCGCAUGACGGAGUCUGUGAACAUACGAUACACCAACUUGAACAGUGCAGUUAUAUCAAGAGGCAAAAUGUUGCAUGCAGCAGUUCAUUCAUUGCAAUCAUUUGAUAGAACCUUAGAUCAGUUUUUAGGCUGGUUAAGUGAAGCAGAAUCAUUAUGUGAGAACACUGAAUCAGACAUCGAUCGAAAUCCUCAUUGCUAUAAGGAUCUUCAAUCUGAAAUCGAAUCGCAUCGUGUUGUUUAUGACAGGCUAGAUAACACUGGUCGGAAACUAUUAGGUUCACUUACAUCACAAGAAGAUGCUGUUAUGUUACAACGUCGAUUGGAUGAAAUGAAUCAAAGGUGGAACCAUUUGAAAUCAAAAAGUAUCGCUAUUAGAAAUCGUCUAGAAUCUAACUCGGAACACUGGAAUACUCUUUUGUUGUCUCUAAGAGAGCUUACAGAAUGGGUGAUUCGAAAAGAUACAGAACUAACGUCUUUGGGUCUUGGACCGAUGAAAGGAGACGCAGGCAAUUUACAAAAGCAGAUGGAUGAUCAUCGAGCUUUCCGUCGCCAGCUAGAAGAUAAACGCCCUUUGAUAGAAAAUAAUCUCCUUAGCGGCCGUCAAUAUGUUGCCAACGAGCCCCCUCUAUCGGAUACUAGUGAUUCUGAAGCAAUCGACAGUGAUUCACGAUAUAUGUCAUCGGAGGAGCAAAGCAGGGAUCUAACAAGAAGUAUACGACGGGAGGUAAACAAAUUAUCUGAACAAUGGAAUAAUCUAAUUGAUCGGUCAGAUAACUGGAAACAUCGUCUCGAUGAAUUUAUGACGAAAAUGCGUCAAUUCCAAAAAGUGCUCGAAGACUUGAGCUCACGUGUUGCUUCUGCAGAAACUUUGACCCAAUCAUGGACUAUCCCAACCAGUGCUUCCGAUGCAGCCGAACAAAUGCAACAUUUACAACGACUGAAGGAUAAGAUGACGACUGCGGGUGCAUUAUUAGACGAUUGCAAUGAACAGCAAAGUUUUUUCACCGCAAAUCAUGUUCUAGUACCAAACCAAUGUCUUGCUAAGCUUGAGGAUUUGAAUACCAGAAUGAAAUUACUCCACAUCGCGAUAGAUGAACGGCAUAAGGCUUUGGUGGCGAACGGAGCAAAUCAACAAACGACAAUAGAUGCAGACGGUAACAAAACGGCAUACGGUGUCAGUACUGGUACAAUUGGCCCUGUUCCGAAUUUAGCAACGAGUGUGAAAACGCCCUGGGAAAGAGCAACAACGCCUGCCAAUGUGCCUUACUAUAUCAAUCAUGAAAGAGAAAACACACACUGGGAUCAUCCGGAAAUGAUUGAGCUAAUGAAAUCACUGGCUGAUUUGAACGAAGUUAGAUUUUCAGCUUACAGAACUGCAUUGAAGUUACGCACAGUCCAAAAACGAUUAGCGUUUGAUCGGCUAGCAAUGAACGUAGCUAUUGAAUCAUUCGAUCGUCACGGUUUGCGAGCUCAGAAUGACAAGUUGAUCGACAUACCGGACAUGAUUACUGUCUUGCAUUCAUUGUAUGUCACCAUCGAACCAAUUGAUAUGCCACUGAUGCUUGAUCUUGCUAUCAAUUGGAUGCUUAAUGUGUAUGAUUCACAACGCACCGGCCAAAUUCGUGUACUUAGCUUUAAGGUUGGCCUAAUUUUACUCUGUAAAGGGCAUUUGGAGGAAAAAUAUCGUUAUUUGUUUCGGUUGAUUGCGGACUUAGAAAAAAAAGUAGACCAGCGUAAAUUGGGUUUGUUGCUGCAUGACUGCAUACAGGUCCCCCGUCAGUUAGGAGAAGUAGCUGCAUUUGGAGGAUCAAAUAUCGAACCGUCUGUGCGUUCUUGCUUUGAGCGAGCUGGUGUUAACCAAAGCGGUGAACUGUUGGAAACGUCUAUUGAAGCACAACAUUUUCUAAACUGGUUGCAACAUGAGCCGCAAAGUUUAGUGUGGCUUCCGGUUCUCCAUAGAUUAGUAGCAGCAGAAACAGCAAAACAUCAAGCAAAGUGUAACAUUUGCAAAGAAUAUCCUAUUAUUGGAUUCCGCUACAGGUGUUUGAAAUGUUUUAAUUUCGAUAUGUGUCAAAGAUGCUUCUUUUUGGGUAGAAAUGCUAAAAAUCAUAAGCUAUCGCAUCCUAUGCAUGAAUACUGCACAACGACAACAUCUACCGAAGAUGUUAGAGAUUUUACCAGAGCGUUACGAAAUAAAUUUAAGAGCAGAAAGUACUUCAAAAAACAUCCCCGAGUAGGUUAUUUGCCAGUGCAAAGUGUACUGGAAGGAGAUGCUUUGGAGAGCCCAGCCCCUAGUCCACAGCAUGGAACUCAUACGUUGCAAAAUGAUAUGCAUUCAAGACUAGAAAUGUAUGCAUCGCGAUUAGCGCAGGUGGAAUACGGUACCCGUAGUAACUCGACGCCUGACAGUGAUGAUGAACAUCAACUAAUUGCACAAUAUUGUCAAUCAUUGCCAAAUAAUGGCGGCCCCAAAUCUCCUGUUCAAGUCAUGGCAGCUAUGGAUGCAGAACAAAGAGAAGAAUUGGAAGCAAUGAUCAAAGAUUUGGAAGAGGAAAAUGCUUCUUUACAAGCAGAGUAUGAGCGCCUAAAAUCCAAGCAGACGCCUAUUACUACACCUGAUGAAACACAAUCUUCUCAGGCAAUCCAGUCCGGGGGAAAUGACAUGAUUGCGGAGGCAAAAUUAUUAAGGCAGCAUAAAGGACGUUUGGAAGCAAGGAUGCAAAUCCUUGAAGACCACAAUCGACAGUUAGAAGCACAACUACAGCGACUACGACAACUACUUGAUGAGCCAAACUCGUCUAAAGCAUCAACCCUUCAAACGAGAUCUGUAACAGCAUCUCAACUAAAUACGGAAUCGCCUGCGAAGCUCCAGCAAAAUGGUCAUUAUGAACAGAAUUCAAGUGACUUAAACAAGGCCGUUGAAGAACUGGUUAACGUUAUUACUGAACAGGAAAUUGAGCAACAUAAUAAUAGUAACGGAAUUCGUGGUUUGACUGAUAAAUAACUUUGUGCAAUCCAACGAUUGGUCUCGCGACUUUUUAUUUUCUCCAGUUUGUAAUAUUUACAACUGCUGCCGUGGGAACGCCAUAUGUUGAUAGGAACAUAUUGUUUCUGAGUCAAUAAUAUUGAAAAUGCAUCUAUCAUACCAUUAGGAUAAAAUCAAAUGGCAAUUUCGCCCAUUUUUUGGAUAAUAUCCGUACUAUAUCAUGCAACUAUAAUCCAACAGUUUUACAAUCAUUUCCAUAAGAGAAGAUUUAAUUUCUAAACUUAAAUGUAGAAUGUUUUAAACAUACACCAUUGACACUAAUAAAUUUAUACUAUUUUUGUGGAUGAUUAUAUAAAUCCUCAUACAAUCAAUAAUUAUAUCACAUUUUUAUGAGACAUACGAAACUAUCAAAUAUUUAGAAUUCAUAUCACAGUUUACUGUACUUAUCGUUGGAAGUUGAGUUUAAGCAAUGAUUUCAUGCAUAUAUCCGAAGAAUAAAUACAUAAUAAAAUAUUGCAUCGUAGCUUGACUUCAUUGUUUAUGUUUGCAAGUUACAUUACAGAAUUCGUUACAAUUAUUCAAAUUGAGCUCUACGCAAGACAGCAUACUCGGGAGUUUUAGUAGGCUUUAGAAUGCAGCGCCGGUAGUACAUACUUUGAAAAGAAAUAUGCUCAUUAUUAUAAGAAUUUUUCGUAGCAUAUUGAUACUUUGACCGUAACUGCGUUAAAGUGUCACAUGUUGACUUAUUGUUUACACACCUUUUAUAUACAUCAUAUCAAUGGAGAACAAACAUUAGACAAAAAUACAAGAAAUUGCGUAACAGUGGACAAAUGUUGCCCUCUAUAGGGGUAUAAUAUAUAAAUAAUAAUUACGGAGAAAACUAGUAUCAGAUUCGUUCGUUUUCUGUAGAAAAUUCCAGAGACACAACUGAAUUGUCAAACUUCAUCGGGAACAACUGUUUAUCUAAUUCAAAUCUGAGCGUAGUGAACUCAGUUUACUUAAGGAUUCUAGAUAAUGUACAGUUACCACAGUAAUUCUAUUAAUGAUUGAUAAUCGCUAUUCUAACGCUUUCGCAAUAAAAAUCAAAGGAUGAAAAUAUUAAAUUUGUUAUUAAUGAAUUAGUUUCAGAAUUUGGUAUAAAUGCGCAGAACUAAAUGGCCGUUGCAUUUUUCACUAAUAAUGAAAAUUAGAAACAUUGAAAAUUUUAUUUUUUGUUGCUUUUAAUAUUCCAAGUGCAUACUGAUUUUCCACAUUGAACUGUAUACAAUAUCGCAAGGUUGUGUUGCCCUUUAGUGCCAGUGAAUUGAUCUUUUUUUGAAUUUUCUGUUACAGUAUAGCGGAUAUAAUUCCUAUUAACAGCUCUAUUCUUUAUUCCGAACGAAUCCUAACUUCGAUCAAGUAGAUCCAUUUGAGUUUGUUGGUAUUAUGAAUAAUAUCAUUCCUCUUUCGAUAGACAACCCGAUCAGUUCCGAAUAAAGAUUAAGGCUGUGACUAUUGUUUAUUUAUUCGAUUCACUUCUCAUAAUGUUAUACGACAUUCAAUAAUGGCGGUUGUUAGCAUUAUAACCUAAUAAAGAUACAAUUCAAUUUGCUCCAACUUAUGCUUUUAGUUGAACGAUAUACAGUCAAUUGGGUUAGGCAUUAAAAAAUCUUUUCCGCUCAAAUUCAAGGAUAGUAAAUUAACGCCAUAUGAAUGUCAGCAAAAAUACUGGGAAUAAAGAACAUGAUAGUUAUA